CGAGGUCACCAUCAGUUACUGUUUGAAAGUGCUACAGAAAACGUUAAAGCGAAAGAUUUGGGACGAGUUACUAUCAGUUUACAAAGUGUAAUUCAAGCAAUAUAUACAAAUGGCGCUUAUUCCAAUUUUGUUCCGUGAUUGGUGGGAUGACUGCUUGGACAGUCCACUACGAGCCUCUCGAAUCCUGGAUCAGCAUUUUGGCAGCGGCAUCACGGCGGACGACCUUUUGACAGCCCUCACAGCUUCAGGUAGGGCAAAUCGUCCCAGAGUCGGCUACGUUCGCCCAUGGCGCAAUACAAAUCUUGCUUCGCGUAACGAUUCCGGAUCUACAGUCAACGUUUCUGGUGACAAAUUCCAAAUUAAUUUGGACGUGCAGCAGUUUGCGCCGGAAGAAAUCGCUGUAAAGGCGACCGAAAAGUGCAUCACCGUUGAAGGUAAACACGAGGAGAAGCAGGACGAACAUGGCUUCAUCGAACGGCACUUUGUCCGACGGUACAUGUUGCCGGCAGGGCACGAUCAUAACGGUAUCGUGUCCUCAUUGUCUUCGGAUGGUAUUCUGACGAUCGUUGCGCCAAAAAAGGCUCUUCCACCGCCGGCGGAGGAGAAAGUGAUCCCUAUUACGCAGACAGGACAGCCAAUGAAAAAGCUAUCAGAGAAAUCUUCGAAUGAUGAGAAUUCGGCGAAAAAAGUCAAGAAUGGUAAUUAAGUGUUUAUCGUUAUUUCCUUUGCAUUUAGUUUUUCUAGUUUUAAAGACUGCUAUCAUGAACUGAAUAAUUUAAACUUUUCAU